AUGAGUCCAUAGGUGUGAGGAGCCUUUCAGAGUUACAGUCUGAGUAUUCGGUGCGGGCUGCUAUGAUGGCUGCUCGCUGGGCUGAGGUUGCUCAGAAGCGGGGAAAGGGGCAUGCCAAAUCUCUUCUCACAGAUGAUGAAGAGCUCCUUCCUACGGGUGACGACGACGAGACCUCCGAGGAAGAAUAUGUGGAUGCAGAUACCGACGGAGGAGAACUCGAUGCCGGUUUGUCCUGCUUCUUUGAUUUUCCCUUCUCCAUUCUAAUUGGUAUAACCGACAGCUCUUGUUUGCUUAAUGAAAUGACCAUUGUCACUUUAGGUAGGACAGUUGACGAUCAUGAGCCGUCAGCUCCUACACACGUUGAGACGUGUGACAGGCCUGUGCAUGACCGACCUGUUGGUUCUAGGAGGGUUGGUGCCCCGAAGAGGAAGAACACCGCACAUAAACCCCACGACGGUCAGCGUCCUUAUGGAGUGGACUUAGGAAGCACUGCCGAUGGAGGGGAAGGGUUCUUCGAAGAGGGUGAGCUUCCACCGGGUCCGGUAUCUCCUGGAUCCGAUAACAUGGAUUGCUUUAUGCAGCAGAUGUGCGACGCCCUCCAUGACGGGUCUCUGGGCAUCGAUCUAAACAUUGAUCUUGGACAAGUGAAUAGUGUUGAGUCCACCGUCCCGUAUUCAGAUAUAUCUACAUCCAAUGAUACCCUCCUCAAUCAUGGGGAAGGAAGAUCUUCUGUUUUUGCUGCAAAUAUUUUUUGAGCUUUCUUCAUCUUCC